GUGCACCGAGCUGUAUGUAUGCUUUCGAACACAACUUCUAUAGCCGAAGCAUGGGCAAGGCUAGAUCAUAAGUUCGAUCUUAUGUAUGCUAAGCGGGCUUUUGUACACUGGUACGUGGGCGAAGGCAUGGAAGAAGGUGAAUUCACAGAAGCACGAGAGGACUUGGCUGCGUUAGAACGGGAUUAUGAAGAGGUGAGCCGUGAUUCCGCUACACUUGAAGAGGACGAAUACUAG